AUGGUUUGCAUUAGUGUAUUUUUAGUUUUUAAUGAAUUGGUUGUAAUCACGCCAAAUGAGAGAAACUGGCGCGGUAUUCUUAUCGCGCUUCUAGUCAUUGUAGCCGUUUUGGGCUUGAUAGUGUUCUUUAUCGUCCUGCUGUCACCACCAUACAAAGGUCCUAGGAAUCUUGGAAGUAAAUUUACGGUCGAUCAAAUUGCCGGGGACACAUUCAAAGCGCCUUCGUUCAAUGGCUCAUGGAUAUCAAGCGUGGAGUUGGUGGUUCGAGACGCACAAGGUGGCGUCAGCGUAUACAAUGUCGAAACAAAUAAACACAGGGUACUACUCACGAGUUCGUCUUUUAAACGAGUGAAUGCUAAUGAAUUUCAAACGUCUAGCGAUCAAAACUACGUGCUCCUGGUGUCAGACGAGAAAAAAAUUUACACGAACACGCGGGAGGCCAAGUAUCACGUUUUCGAAGUGUCGACCCAAAACGGCGUACCGCUCAUGACCGCCUCCAAAACGGUGGACGAUGGCGAGCAGAUUUACAUACAGAAAGCGCAAUGGUCGCCGACGGGCAGUGGGCUGGUUUUCGUGCACAAGAACGAUUUGUACUACAAGAUCCACGGUAACCGGCACAGCAGAGUGGUCAGGAUCACGGACACGGGUACGCCGACAGUGUUCAACGGCAUACCGGAUUGGCUGUACCAGGAAGAAAUUUUCAAAUCCGAUAAAGCGUUUUGGUUUUCGCCAUCCGGUCGGUAUUUAGCUUACGCCACUUUUGACGAUUCAUUGGUCGGCGAAUACAAGUAUCCGGUAUACAACACUAGAUUCCAGUAUCCGUAUUAUCAGUCGUUACGAUAUCCAAAGGCGGGAACGCCAAAUCCAACAGUGACUGUGUGGUUGAGGGACUUGAAAAACGAUAGUUUAUCAAACGGCACACUAUUGCAAAAACCACAAGCCUUACAUAUGGAAAGUGAACCCUAUUUGAUGCAUGUAAAGUGGGCAAAUGAAAGACGUAUUGGAGUAGUUUGGAUGAAUAGAAAACAGACGACAAUGGUGAUAUCUGUAUGCUCUGAGCCAAACUGGGAGUGUCAAGACUCUUACGUGGAGAAAAUCGCUGAUGGAAAGGGGUGGCUGGAAAAUACCCAAGUCGAGUUCAACGAGGAGGGCACUAGCUACUUGGCGAUAUUACCGGUACUUGAUGGUCCACGUGGCACUUACCCACACAUCUGCCUGGUGGACAUAUCCACAAAAAUCAUGCUGCCGCUGACGAGUGGAAGCUUUUGCGUCGUCCGAAUCGUCCAAUGGGAUCAGACGAACCAGAUAAUAUACUUUGAAGCGAUACCGGAGGGAAAACCGUCGCAAAGGCAUUUAUACAAAGUGCCCGAUAACGUAAACAGCACGGCGGGCUGGGAAUGUAUGACGUGCCCUCCGAGCGGACCACAAAAGAAUACUUCCAAAAUGGACAUUUCCAUGAGUUCGGAUAUCAGCGACUCGUUCCGGUUAAGUCUUAAGGGAUUGGAGACGUCGAAACUUCCACAAGACUCGUGGCCAGUGAGGACAAAUUCAUGCCUAUAUGUCCGAUCUCAUUUUUGUCGGCACCCCAAUUCCAAAUACUACGUUUUAGAAUGUUUAGGUCCUCUAGUUCCAAAAGUGAUAUUGAUGAACCUGCAGAUAAAUCAAAAAGUAAUGAUAUUGAACAAUUAUACAGCUUUGGCAACUAAAUAUUCUGCAAUGGCUAAACCUAACAUACAAAUAAUGCAGGUGGAGGUGGAGAGCGGAUUUAUAGCUCAAACCAAAUUGAUGCUGCCUCCUGCGUUUAAAGAAUACGACGAAACCGCGUUUCCGUUUAUUUUAUACAUAAAAGGCAAGCCUGGCACUCAGUCGGUGACCGAAGAGUGGUCUGUAGAUUGGGCCACGUACUUAUGCAGCAACAAAAACAUUAUCAUCGCCAUAAUCGACGGCCGUGGAACACUGGGCCAGGGUGACAGAUCAAGAACAUCAAUUUACUAUAAAAUGGGAAUCACGGACAUCCAGGACCAGCUUUCGGUUUUGUUGUAUCUCAAGGAUACGAUGAAGUUCAUAGACAAAGAUCGUAUUGGCAUUUGGGGAAAAGGAUACGGUGGAUACGCCACUGGAAUGAUUUUGGCCAAACAACCGGAAGUAUUUCGAUGUGGAAUUGCCACGUCACCGAUUACGAAUUGGGCACAUUUCGAUUCGGCUUGGACUGAAAAGUUGAUGGGCACCCCAAAUGUGACAGACAAUUACCGUGGAUACGAAGACUCGGAUUUAAGCAAAAAAGCAAUUACAUUGGAUAAAAAACUGUUAAUGUUAAUCCAUGGCAGCGCAGAUGAAACGGUUCAUUAUCAGCAUAGCAUGAUGCUGAUUAGAGCAUUAACAGAAAAGGGAAUAUUAUUCAGACACCAAACGUAUCCAGACGAAGGCCACACUUUCGACGGAUCAACUAAACAUUUAUUGCAUGCUAUGGAACAUUUUUGGGACGAGUGUUUCGGUCCAUUGGAUUUUGACGACUGGGACGAGAGCCUAAACUUUUUUGCAUUCACGCAAUAA